AUGCGAUCUGUCAAGUACAAGUGCCCCGAAUGUGACGAAGAUAUUGAUAGAAGGAGCUACCGUCGACAUCUGAUAAAUGUUCACAAGUAUUCUGAGGAACAAUAUCAUGAACUGAAGAAUGAAAUGAUGCGAGCACAAGAGCCCUCUAUUAUCUGUCCUCUGUGCGAUGACAAGGUACCUACUCAGUUUGACCUUGUUCAUCAUUGUUCAGAAUUGCACUCAGAAGACGGCGCUGAUGGCAGGCCUCAGAAUUAUACGGUCUGCAUGAGGGAGUUUCCGAACGAGCAAGACUAUAAGGAUAAAAAGAAAACCGGAACUGUAGUAAGACUCAUCCGCGCAGGGAAGAUCCCCAAUUCAGCAAAACAGAGGGUCCGAACAAGUAAGAAGGACACCCCCUAUUGCACAUGCUUUCUAAACGUGCAAUAUCGCAACGAUGGAACAAUAUUAGCGAGAGGAUGUUUUGCUCAUGUGGGUCACGAGUUAGAUCCAGCCCUUCUACGUUUAUCCAUUGAAGAGCAAGAGUACCUGAAAAUGUUACUUGAAGAACACACUUUCAACUAUAUUAUACAGCGUGUUCGGAGGGAAAAUCGCGACAAGAACUCUAGGCUGUUUUUUGUCUCCAGAGAUGAUCUUUGGAAUUUGAUAAAAAAAUACAAAAUAAGACCAGGAUGCAAAGACGCUGUAGACAUGACGUCCGUAAUGGUGCGUGUGGAGGAGAGCAAUCCUGACGAUGGCAUACGAAUGUUUAGACCCCCUGAUGACCCUAGCGGCAAGGGCUUUCUUAUGGUCAUUGUCACGCCGCUCCAACUCAAAUGGUUACAAGCAUAUUCAUCGAGGGGAGUAAGCUUGGAUGACACACACCACACCACGCGGUAUAAUGUCAAAUUAGCUACUCUUAUGCGUUUCCUCCUAAGCGGCACUAUGACAACGGAAGAUGUGUCGAAGUUGUUCGAAGUAAUUCGACAACUCAUGCCGAGAUUCCACCCUCGGACGAUGGUAACAGAUGAGGCGCAAUGUUUUUGGAACGGCUUUCGUAAAGUCUUUCCCGGAACACUAACCCAGCUGCACUAUUGUCGAACCCAUAUCGCGAAGACUUGGGAGCGAAAAACAAGGGAACUCGUGCAGGCUGAUUUGCGCCCAACCGUUGAUAAGGCUCUUGGUGACUUGCUGAAAGAGAAACAACUCAAUGUUUUCGAGCAACGUUUUGGCGAAAUUCUUGCCUACUUGAGGGCUCAGGAACAAGUUGAGAUGGCCGACUAUCUCACAAAAAAUUAUCUAGGCAAAACCAAGUCGUGGGCCUCUUUCGCGAACAGAGGAGCCGUUAUGGACACCACCAUGAUCAGCGAAAGGUGGCACCGUACCAUCAAAGACGACAUUUUGCACCGGAAUGCAAAUUGUCGCCUCGACUGUCUAGUGGAAUUGCUCAUAAGAGCAGUUGAAGAAAAGUCUGACUCUAAUGACCGCAGGCGCUUAGUCAAGAGCUCGCAUCGUGCUUCGGAAUCAAUUAAAAGACACCGCAAGGCUGCCGCGUACUACGCAGACCACGCAGAUAAGAUUCAUUUCACAGGGGAUAGAACAUGGCUCGUUGAGUCUUCGAAACCGCAGGAGUACUUCACAGUUUCGUGGGAGGGAAGAUGUUCAUGCAACUUAAUGAGUAACGUGCACUGUCUCCUCUGUGAUGUGUGCCCCUAUGCUUGGGAAUGCACCUGCCUAGAUAAUAGAAGCGGAGUGAGCUGCAUCCACAGACACGCGGUGAAAAUUUACGGUUGCGAACUACUACCAACGGGCACCAACAUUGAAGUGGAGGAAAGUGCACAGGAAGGAGAGCUGUUGGGGAUUUUGGAGGAAGAGUUCGAAGAGGGAAAUGUCGGUGUUGAAGUUGAAGGCGAUCAGCAAGGUGAAAAGAGUGUGCAGAACCGUAGGGAGCAACGGUAUCAGAAACUGAACGAAAUCAUGAGUACAUACGCAGCCGUUGAGAUGAGUGCUAAGUCUCUUGCUAAGGUUGACUCUGAUGAGUCCAUGAAGAAGCUGGAAAAAAUCCUGGAACACUUGAAGUUAGCGGCAGAUGUAGUUCGAAUGCCAGGCCCUGGUGACCUAGCGCCACGUCCGGAGUUGGCCAAGGAAGGGGCUAAACCUCACCUUCAGCAUAUAGAAUUAUUGCCAAGAGGAAAGCUGAAGAAACCUAAAACAAAGGCCGUGAAGGACCUCCACGAAGAGCUUCUGAUGAUGAGAUAUCCUGCGCCAGACGAUGAAGCUGGACCAUCCUGGGCCUAA